AUGCCCCCCACCUCCAUGCCCAGAGGACAUGUCAGCUACGUCCACUCUCAGCUACGCCCAACUUCAGCUACGUCCACGCUCAGCUACGCCCACCCUCAGCUACGUCCACGCUCAGCUACGUCCACGCUCAGCUACGCCCACCCUCAGCUACGUCCACGCUCAGCUACGUCCACGCUCAGCUACGUCCACCUUCAGCUACGUCCACGCUCAGCUACGCCCACCCUCAGCUACGUCCACGCUCAGCUACGUCCACGCUCAGCUACGUCCACGCUCAGCUACGUCCACCCUCAGCUACGCCCACCCUCAGCUACGCCCACCCUCAGCUACGUCCACGCUCAGCUACGUCCACGCUCAGCUACGUUCACCCUCAGCUACGUCAUCGCCUUCUGCUGGUGCCGCCUUGCUACCGCCAUGCCAGAAGUCCCAGGGGGCACCAUUCUGCCCACUGAAACGCUGAUGCUGCACAAAGCCAUGUCUGAAAGAUUUCCUCAGGCUGCUCAGAACACAGCGUGCAUAUCGCCCGGGGUGAGGAUGGAAGGAACAGGCGAUGCGCUGGCUGACUCAAUACAGCUGUCAACAUGCUCCCCUGCAGAUGAGGAGAGGAAAUCCAAGAUCACUGCCUCCCGCAAACUCAUGCUGAAGAGCCUGAUGCUGGCCAAGGCCAAGGAGUGCUGGGAGCAGGAACAUGAGGAGCGAGAAGCCGAGAAGGUGCGCUACCUAGCGGAGCGCAUCCCCACGCUGCAGACCAGAGGCCUGUCCCUCAGCGCCCUGCAGGACUUGUGCCGAGAGCUACACGCCAAGGUGGAGGUGGUGGAUGAGGAGCGAUAUGACAUUGAGGCCAAAUGCCUCCACAACACGAGGGAGAUUAAGGACCUGAAGCUGAAGGUCCUGGACCUCCGUGGGAAAUUCAAGCGUCCACCCCUGCGCCGGGUCCGUGUCUCAGCCGAUGCCAUGCUCCGAGCCUUAUUGGGCUCCAAGCACAAGGUCUCCAUGGACCUACGGGCCAACCUCAAGUCUGUGAAGAAAGACGACACAGAGAAGGAGCGACCAGUGGAGGUGGGAGACUGGAGGAAGAAUGUGGAGGCCAUGUCUGGCAUGGAAGGCCGCAAGAAGAUGUUUGAUGCUGCCAAGUCCCCGACUUCACAGUAGAGGUUGGCUUGCUGUAUGACUCUGGGGUCAUGCUUGGGGCGCCUUCCUCCAGUCCCACUCACAUAUCUUUCUGCCAAUGCUGGAGCAUCCCUGCUAUGUCCUUCCUCCCUCCAGCCUACAUGAUCACCUUUGGAGCCGGGAUGAAAUGGCACCCAAAAGAGAAGAGAGAUGCGAGUGUCUGAGACCUCAAGCCAGCAGCAUGGGCUUCCAGUAACCCACGAGGCACACUGGGGUUAUCCAACCAGGCCGAGGGGCCAUAGGCUGGAGAGGGAGGCAGAGAGAACGCCUUCCUUACAGUCCCAUCUUGCUACCCCCAUCUCUGUUGCU